GGGCGGAGGUGGAUGGGACAUUGUGGCCCACUACUUACGACCACUCCACGUCGCCCGGGCCUUGUAUCAUGUCACGAAUCUGCUCGUCCGUCAUCUGCGGCGGCAAGGUCGCCAUGGCGGGUGUGGUAUGGCGAGAGGCAGCGCUGUUCUAUGGUGAGUGCGGGAGGGGUGAACGUGGUAGGAGGGAGAGGGGGCGAACACUGACAGGACGCGACCGUGACUGAGAUCACGGCAGCGCGUAUUCGUGCCCACUUUGGGUCCGGACGCGUCUCGUGUGGCUCUACCGCUCGUGACGCUCCCCGCAUCCAUUGUCCUCCCCGUCACGCCUCCCAGCCUGCGCACUGAGACAAAUAUCGUCCGGAGUCCGUCGCGAUCUAAUCCUAUGGCAGACGACGAAGAGAUACCAACUCUGAUCGAACAUGGCACGGUGGACGAAAGCGAGCCGAUUGAACAGCCUCGGACCGUGCCUCUGACCAUCAUAUGCGGCUUUCUUGGAGCGGGUAAAUCCACGCUAGUGAAACGAAUCCUUACCGAGCGACAUGGCUACCGGAUAGCAGUCAUCAUGAACGAGUUCGGAGAUACUGCUGACAUCGAAGCAAAAACCAUCAAUGUCUCGUCUCCGGAUGACCCGGUUCAGCAAUCCGAGGAGUUCCUCGAGCUCGCGAAUGGAUGCCUUUGCUGUAGCAUCAAAGACACUGGCGUCGCUGCGAUCGAGAGGCUCAUGCAGAAGAAGGGCGCGUUCGAUCACAUUCUUCUCGAGACUACUGGACUCGCAGAUCCCGGUCCCAUCGCGUCCAUGUUUUGGCAAAACGAAGAGUUCGCAAUGGGCCUGGGGAGAGAUAUUCACCUGGACGGUGUGGUAUGCGUCGUCGAUGCUGUCUUUGGCCGACAGCAAAUGGAAGAAGAUCAUUCGGACGAGGGCAUCGGCGAAAGCCUCAGGCAGAUCGCAGGAUCAGAUGUAAUCCUACUAAACAAGGUUGACUUGGUGCCUGAGGCUCAAGUCGAGAGCACGGAGGGUAUCAUCCGGAGCAUCAACCCCGCAGCCUCGAUAUACCGGACUGUUAGAGGACAGAUUGACCUCAAGUACAUCAUGGGCAUCGACGCUUACACCACACGCCCCCUCAUUCAGGGUGCUACACACCCAUCUCGUCUAACGCACGAGGACCAUGAUCAUAGCCACGACCAUAACGAUCAUGACCAUUCGCAUCCUCCGACCCACUACGAACUGCGCGGUAUAUCCAGCCUGCAGGUCGAUUGUCCAACUCUCAACCCUUCCCAAUACCAGAAGCUGGACGAGUGGAUACGUAGCGUGCUGUGGGAACGUCAGGUUCCUGGCGAACCUUCAGCGGACGGAGCGUCGGGCCUGAUGGUUCUCCGAUGCAAAGGGAUGUUCAAGACGACGGCCGGCGGGACAUACGUUCUGCAGGGCGUGCGGAAUCUGUAUGAUAUCAUGCAGGUGAAUGAGGGGGAAGAGGCGGAUACGGGCGUGCCGGACAUGGGCAAGGUUGUGCUUAUAGGCAAGGGCUUGAACGAACAAGUACGGCGAAGUCUGCAAGGAGUCCUUCGCGGAUAUUAAUAAAGAGGAAGACAAAAAAUUAUCCUAGCGAGUGUAUACUGUAAGCACAUGGAUAGAUCACUGCUACCGGGCGU